AUCUAUAUGAUCUAUAUAUUUUUAUCCUUUCGUCUGGUUCUGUGUUGGUUACCGUACUGGUACAUUGUGGAAUAAAUCAGCUGUUUUGAGAAAGAAAUAAUAUUUUGGAAGAUAAGAAAUGUAAUAACGUUUCACCCUAGCUAUAGUCGGUGUUCUUUUAAAUUAUAUAUCAAACGGCGGGUAGAAAAGAUACCAAAAUUCCUCCAGCUUCAGCGACACAAGAAUCCACUCUCCGGACUGCUAAUUGGUGGUCGGAGAUGCUCGGGGCGUGCGAGGCGGGCGAGGUGUUCGCGCUGCUGGAGGGCGGCGCGGCGGGCGCGCGCGAGGCCUCGGACGCGCUGCUGGCGCUGUACGGGGCCGUGCGGGAGCCCUGGCUCACGCGCGCGCUGCUGCUCUACCACGCGCGCACCGGCUCCGCGCGCGCGCUCGACCUGCUGGCGCGCGCGCCCGAGCUGCACGCGCGCCACCUGCUGGACGCGCUGCAGGAGCAGCUGCGAGCCGAGCGGCCCGCGCGCCUGCACGCGCUGCAGGCGCUGGCGCCGCUCGUGGCGCGCCGCCCGCCCUGGCUGCACCGCCUGCCCGCGCACCCGCUCGCCAGGGACCUGCUGCGCGCCGCGCGCUCCGAGCGCGAGCCGCUGCCGCUGCUGCACGCGCUGCUGGCGCUGGCCGCGCUGCUGCCCGCCGCGCCCGCGCUGGCCGCGCCGCACUGCGCCGACCUGGCCGACGCGCUGCUGCGGCCCGCCGCGCUCGACCCGCCGCCGCCGCCGCCCGCCCGGGCCCACCUGCAGCUCGCGCAGCUGGCGCUCUUCCACGCGCUCUACGCCACGCACCCGUGCACGCUGCUGGACGCGCUGCGGGCGGCGCUGGGCGCGGCCGCCGCGCGCGACGCCUGGCAGCGCGACCUGGCGCCGCUGCUGGGCUCGGUGCGCCUGCACCCCGGGCUCGUCACCGGCUCGCGCCAGCACGAGGCCGACGCCGCGCGCUGGGCGCGCCUCGAGCCGCACGACGUGGUGGCCGAGUGCCGGCGCCUGUCGCUGCGGGACCCGGCCGCCUCGCCGUCGCCGGCGCCGUCGCCCGGGCCCGCGCCGCCCUCCCCCGCGCCCCCCGCCGCCGGCUCGGGCGCGCACGCGGCCCGGGCGGCCGCCGCGCUGCGGCCGGGCGCCGAGCCCUGGUUCCCGCUGGGCGACCGGUGCGGCGCCGACUCGGCCCCGAACACGCCGCUGCCGGCCGAGCCGGACGCGGCGGAGCCCCCGGAGGCCGCCGUGGAGGCGACGCCGGAGAACACGCCGGCGCGGGAGACGCGGCCGCAGUUCCGGUACCCGCCGGAGUCAGGCGCCGUGCGGGCCAUCGGGCGGCGCUCGCGGCCCGCGUCGCCGCCCCGCAAGGAGCCCUCCCCGAGCGGGGACGCGUUCGCGGGUCGGCUGGCCCGCGUGGCGCUGGAGCGGCGCGCGGCGGAGUCCCCGGUGCCGUUCGGCGGGGCUCCGCCGGCGGGCGCGGCGCUGGCGCGGCCCGAGCCGUCCCGGCCGCAGCCCGCGCCGCCGGACGCGCCGGGCCCGCUGGACCGCGAGGUGGGCGAGCUGACGGCGCGCGCGCCGCUCGAGCGCACGUGGCCGGACGCCGAGGACGGCGCGCCGCCCGCGCCACUCGACCCGCGCCUGUCGGAGCGGCCGCGCCGCGCGACCCGGCGAACUGUGUCGCGCGACGUCGCGCCGCCGCGCCGCGCCGCGUCCUGCUCGCCGCGCCUGCCGGCCGCGCGCCGCGCCUCCGUGGCCGUGCAGACCGUGGACACCUGGCCGGCUCCGUAUGAAUUCAUUAUGGCCGAUUUCUAUCGCAGUCUUCCCGACGAAUCACGAAAACAGAUCGUCGAGCGGGAAUCCGAAACGCCGGUAGUUCCCAGCGAGAGGCUGGACGCGUACCUCGCGGAGCUGUACGAGGGCGGCGGCGGCGCGCGCGGCUCCGAGCUGGCCGAGCAGCUGGCGCUGGCGCACGCGCAGCUCGCCUACGAGCGCUGGCGGCGCGAGGCGCACGCCGAGCGCAACCGCCGCCUGCUGGGGCGCUGCCGGCAGGUGCGCGCCCUCGAGCUGCAGAACGCCGCGCUGCGGGAGCGCGCGCGCGCCGUGCAGCUGGAGCGCGACGAGCUGCGCGCGCGCCGGCCCGCGCCGCCGCCGCCCGAGCCGGGCCGCGAGCGCGAGCGGCGCCUCGAGCAGGCGCUGGCCGACGAGCGGGCGGCGCGGCUGCGGGCCGAGGCCGCGCUGCGGGAGAGCGAGGCGGCGCGCGCCGCCGACGCGGCCGAGCUGCAGCGCGCGCGCGGCGACUCGGGCGAGGCGGCGCGCCACGUGGAGGCGCUGGCGCGCGCCGCGCUGGCGGCCGAGCGGCGCGCCGAGCACGUGCGGCGGCUGCGGCGCGAGCUGGUGCUGGCCGGCGAGCGCGCGGCGCGGCCGGCGGAGGCGGCGGCCGGCGGCCGGGAGCGCGCCGACGAGCGCGCGCUGCGGGCGGCGGCGGCGCGCGCCGAGGCGGACGCGGAGGCGGCGGCGUCCCGCGCGGAGGCGGCGGCGGCGCGCGCGCACGACCUGGAGGCGGCGCUGGCGGCGCGCGACGCGGCGCUGGCCGAGCUGCGGCGCGGCGCGCGGCACGCGGCCGACGAGGCGGCGGCGCGGCUGGCGGCGCUGCAGGACAAGUACGCGGCGCUGAUGCGCGUGCUGCGAGCCAACGAGGCGCGCCGCCUGGAGCUGCUGGCGGCGGCGUGGCCCGACCGGGCGGCGACCGCGGGCGCGGGGGUCGGCCGCAGCUAG